AUGUCCCGUAUCAUCAAGUCGCGGGAGGAUGUCGACCCUGCGACCCUAGAGUCGAUCGCGAAGGCUUGCAAUCUGCCAUUAGAAUCCAUUGAAGAUGUCUUUAGUUGCACACCGCUGCAGGAGCUGCUCGCUACUGAGCGGAAAGAUGCCAUCUACCAAUUCGUCAUCUCUAUCGACCCCGCUUUAGAUCUGGACAAGUUCUUGCAAGCGCUGACGGACGCGGUGGCUCUGCACGGUGUGUACCGCACUCGACUCGUGAACUGCGACCUGGGCUGGGUCCAGGUCGUGAGUAAUGAGCCUCACGUUACCGAGCGCUGCACGGGGAAUGUCAAUGAUUAUGUACAGAAGCCCGACGCCAUCGAGAUCAAGCCCGGCGAACCAUUAUUCCAAACAAAAUGUGUUGGAAGGGAUCUCGUGGUUGUAAUGCAGCAUGCCAUUAUGGAUCUCUACUCAUGGGAGCUCUUCCUGGAUAUCGAAGUGGCCAAGUUCUACCACGGCGAGAAGCCCAAGAAACGAGUUCCCUACAAGGACUUCGUGAUCCAAAGCUUGGAGCUAGACGAGGCUGGAGCCACCAAGUUCUGGGCUCCCCGCUUCCGUGGCAAUGGCACUUUAUAUCCCCAGCCCAAGCCAGGCCAUGUACCAAACGGAGCAACAGCAUCACCGACAUUGGUGACCUGGGAGGAGAUCGGUCAAAAGCUCAUGACGGCCCAGAUUCCGUCCUACUUCGAGGGAGCUUGGACUUUAGUGUCCAGUCUCUACUCCGACAGCAAUCUUAUUAUCUACGGCAGUUACCUGUCUGGUCGUCCAGGAGGCUUGGGCAUCGAGGAGACCUGGAUGGGAACCACUCGGGUGGAAGUCCCUGUCCAAGCCAACAUCAACCCAUUAUCGACCUCGGAAGCCUUCAUCAGAGAUCGCGUCACUUCUAUGCGUCAACUAACCACCAGCCCGUGGAUUCAGUAUGGACUGCCAAAAAUUGCCGCCAUCAGCGAAUCUGCGAAGAUCGCGACCAAGUUCCAGACUGCUCUGAGCUUUCGCCCCGUGAUCCAGAAAUUCAACGACGACUCACAUGCCCAAAUGUCUCAAUUUAUCUGGCACCGAGGCCUAUUUCCUCUGACGAUCAUGUGUGCCGUCGAAGAAGAGGGAGUUGCAUUCAAGCCCCGCUAUGACCCAGCGUACUUUUCGCCAGUCGAAUUCGACCGACUCAUGACUCAACUCGCGCAUACCUUUGUCACACUCGUGAAGGCCGAGCGUACAGCCAAGCUUCAGGACUUGCCGUUGCUGAAUGAGAAGGACCACAAGCAGAUCCUUGAAUGGCAGAAGCCUGUGACCCCCAGCUUCGCCAAACACACCCUUCAUGGUCUCUUCAGCGAGCGCGCUCAAGCUCGGCUUGGCGAGCCCGCCGUCAUCACCAGUAACGGCACUACGAGUUACCAGGAAUUGGACGACAAGUCAAACCAGGUUGCUCAGAAGCUGAAGCAAAAGGGGGUUGCUGCCGGUGACACGGUCGCUAUUCUAUUCGAGAAGUCCGUUUGGCCCGUCAUCGCCAUCCUUGGAGCCCUCAAGGCCGGCGCCGUGUCUGUGCCACUGGAGCCCACUGCCAAGAAGGGCCUUAAUGAAGCUAUCCUUGGCCAGGCGAAUGCCAAGGUCAUCUUAACCUCUCCAGCCAAGAAGGAGGAUGCCGCAAAAUCCGCCCUCGAUUUUCUUGUGGUCGAUUCCGAAUCCCUCACCGAGUCUGCCGAGGCCCUAUCUGUUGAUAGCGCGGCUGCUUUCAUCUUCUCCCCAGGUAACCCUACUCCUAAAUCCAGCGGUAUUGUUGUUGAGCAUGGUCCACUCCUCGAAUCCGUUCAGUCAGCCUCCGAGGUCCUUGGUCUCAACAGCGAAAGCCGAGUCUUGCAAAAUGCCUCACUUGCAUCCAUUGUUGGCGUCACUGAGGUAUUCGGAGCCCUGUUGAGCGGUGGCUCCGUCGUCGUCCCUGGAGACGCCGCGCCCCUGGGUGCGUCCAUCAAAGACAACGAGGUCAACACUGCCUUUUUGCCUGCCCACACCCUUCGCAAGCUUGCCCCUGAAUCUGUUCCCACCCUCAAGGCCGUUGUAUCGUAUAACGAACCGGUCGAUCCCACCUCACGCAAGACCUGGAGCCAAGCUGUGAAGCUGUUCAAUGGAUACCAAACUCUUGGCACUUCGGGCUUCCAACUCUUCAACGAGGUCAAGCCCGAUACUCCUGCAAACAUUCUCGGGAAGCCAACCAAGUCAACCGCCUGGAUUGUUGACGUCAAGAACGUUGACCGCCUGCGUCCAAUCGGCGGCGUGGGCGAACUUCUGUUCGAGGGCCCAGCUGUCGCUCAAGCACUCCAAAGCGAGAAGGAUGGGAGCGAGCUCUUCAUCCCCGCACCUCAAUGGGCUGUUGACGCCGGAUUCAAGAACUCCAAGUUCUUCCGCACUGGCGAUCUCGCAAAGUACACGGCCGACGGCAACAUUGAGUUCGUUGGACGCAAAUCCAACAAGAUCAGCAUCAAGACACAAACCUUCCACCUCGAGGAGGUUGAGAACGAGCUGUCAAGCUACGAGGGCGUUGCCGAAGUGGCCGUCACAAAUAAGAUUGUCAAGGGCCGCACUCAGAUCAUCGGUGUAGUGUCUUUCACCGAGGAGAAGCUUCCUAGCGAAACGCCUCUGAAACUCCUUGCCGACGAAGGCAAGGCCGCGGCUGACAAGGUGAUCGGAGCAAUCAAGGAGCGCGCUCUGUCUCAACUUACCGCAGACAAGGUGCCUUCUGUAUGGCUUGCUGUGGAGAAGCUUCCCCGCACCGCUUCACAAACGUUGGACCGAGCAGCUCUUCUCGAGUGGCUGGGAACGAUCCGUCUGUAA